AGCAGAAGGGGAGGAGAGCGGAGAGCGAUGGGAGUGCGUGGGACAGCCGGCCUGUUGCAGAGGGGAGGGCUAUUGCAGAUUGGACAUUCCCGGGCUGGAAAAGACAUCAGAGACAGCAAAGGGGAAGAAAGGAGGAAGUCUUUUCUCAUGUUAUUUUUACUCUGAAACUGUUUAACACCACUGAAACCUGAGAAAAGGGAAGAUCGGACACCAGGAGAGGUCAACUACAUGGAGAAAGAGCGGCUGAAUCUGACCGAGAGCAGAAAGUUUUGCUGAGAAUGUGGAGAGGAAGCGGAGUCAGGAAAGGAUCUGAGGACUAUGUAAGAAUUCCCGACUGAAGUCAUGGGUUCGGAGGCAAUGGAGGACUGUGUGCAGGGGGCGCUCUCCUCACUCUACCCCCCUUUUGAGAGCACAGCGCCACCCCUCCUCUCUCAGGUCUUCUCAGUCCUGGAGUCAACUUAUCAACAGGACAGUCUCCGCUACCUCCUCGACUACUUUGUUCCAGCCAAGCACCUCCUGCACAAACUCCAGCAGCACGCCUGUUCUCAGUACCUCGGGUGUCUGUUCCUCCACUCCGGCUGGCCUCUCUGCCUGGGUGAAAAGGUGGUGGUCCAGCUCUCCACCUUGGACUGGAGGCUCCUGCGCAGUAAUGACUUCUACCUGCAGGUGGUGCCCUUUUCAACCCGCUGCCCCAGACUCGCCCUGAAAUGUCUGGCUGCUGGGGGUCGCACCGUUCAGGAAAUCUUGGUGCCCGAGUCACAGCACCCUCUGGUGUUUACCUCUGAGUGGCUUCACAGCGUCAACAAAGAGCGAGGUCACAGGAGAGAAGUUGGGGGAGGGCUUGACACCUGCCUCGUCAGCACCAGCGACGGAGUGGUACGACUUCCUUGGAAAGAGAUAGUCUACCCAAAGUUUAUCCACGAUCCCUCUGAAGAGGUGGACCUCUUAGCCAACAAAGACAGUCCAAUGAGCAAGCGACUCCCCAGUGAAGGAGGCAGCAGUCUUGGGGGUUGGGGUGACUCAUCUUCAGGGGAACUGGACUCCUGGUCCUGGGAUGAAGAGGAAGAUGAUGCCUCGAUCGCACAUGGUUUGGUUGGCAAUCCUGCGCUCAGACGAAGGAGCAGUGAAGAUGGUCUUGGACGGACCGCGAGGCAGCCUCAGCUGGACGGUGAUUAUGUGGAGCUUUUGGAGCUCAGAGGGGGCCCAGAUGGAAGGGUUGACAACAGGCAGAGGUACCUAGAGAUGCAUGGGAUCUCCAAAACCAAAACGUUGCCUCUGUGCAGGAGAGGUAAAGCCAUUAAGCUUCGCAGAGGAAAAGCGUGGGGACAUUGGAAGAUGGAAAGAUCAGGAAGUUUUCGAGCAAUUGUUGGUGCCAGAGGAGAUUUGUCUACAACCAAAGAAGAAGUGCUACCCCCACAGCCUCUAAGAGGUGUGGCAGAAACCGGUAAGGGAAGGAGGCCAUGCUCUGCACAUGACUCAGAUGAAGGAAAUAAAGGAAGCACUGGCUCUGCAGUUCCAGAAAUCAGAGGUAUCUGCUUUGGAGGUCCAAGACGGCCCGGUGUGGGUCGAGAAAGAGACAGCAGCGGGGUCACACAUGCCUGCAGCGACAGAAGGAAAGAUUCCCAGAGCAGCGACAACAUGCUCACCAUUGGGAUACAUGGCUUAAACCACAAACCUGCUUCAGAGGGUCAGUCAGAUCAAGGAUCCCAAUCCGACUCAGUUUUUGAGGACUCUGAUAAACGGCUGAGCUGGGACAGCGAUCCUGCUACCCCCACAUCAGACGCACCACAAAGACCACUCGCACAGGUCUGUGUGGGCCAAAAUGACACCUGCAGUGGGUCUACGACCAAGAAUUUGCCCAAACCAAAGCUUGCAGACGACAAGGAUGAAGGAAAGACUGAGGAUCGAGCGUGUCCUAGGGGGAAAGACAUCAAAACUGCGGGAUUCAGAGCGCCACGGAGGAGAAGGAAGGGGAAAGGAGCCAGAGGGAGAGCCAGGUCUGGUGGCCGUCCAAAGCAGAAAGCCUCAAAAGUUCAGGGAAAAGCUUCUCCGGCCAGCCCCCCCAGCUGCUCUGCAUCUGCUAAGCAUUCAAAUGCAGAGAAAACUCAGCCCGAGCAAACAGAACUGGCUGACGGGGAGGAAGGAGGUCCCACAACAACUGCUGAGGCAAAACACAGCAGAAGGAGAAGCAGAGCAGAGACAGAAACGGAAUCUCUGUGUCAUGUCCAGUCCGGUACAUCUUGCCCUGGCCCCCUCUGUGGGGAACCCUGCCCCGCAGAGGCCCACCCUGACCUGCAGACCAGAGUCACCUCCAAAGAGCCGGUGCUGCUCCGGCAGCUGGAUGCAGAGUUGCUGCAGUCAGGGGUGCUGCAGCUGACAGGUACGGUGGACAGGCUGGGGCGGGCGCUGGUUUUCACUGAGGCCGGGUCUUUGAAGGAGGGAUUCUGUGUGGAGGAGGCGGCCCAGAUUCUGGCCUGCUUUCACAGAAUCACCCGACCUACAGCCAGAGAAAAAGGUCUGACGGUGCUGCUAGACAGCAGACGCUUUCCCCCCUCUGACCUCUGCCUUUCUGCACUGAAACGCUUCCAGGCGCUGGUUCCCGGGGGUCUUGGGUCAGUCCUGGUUCUGGUGGAAGAGCAAGAAGAGCUUCUUUCCCACACUGUACAUGGAACAGAGGUCCACCUGGUGAAGGGGACAGCGGUGCUGCAGCAGUAUGUGGACAAGCAGCAGCUCCUCAAAGAACUGGAUGGAGACUUCAGCCACUCGCACUCAGACUGGCUGGCCUUCAGACUGAGACUGGAAAGCUUGGCAGAGCACUGUGAGAGCGCCCUCUGUCUGCUGGGAGAGGCCCAGCAGGAAUUGGAGACUGAGCCAAUGCCGGAUGACAUCAAGGCUGUUCCGCAGAGCAUCGACAAGCACAGGCGGCUCAUGGCCAACGUGCUCGCCGACCAGCGCCUAACUGAGCUCCAGCAAAGGGGCGGGGCCUGGCUCGCGGGGUUGACAAACUGUUCAUCUGGAUUAGGACAGAAGUCGCCUGACUGCAGGGCCGCUCUGGCCGCAGCCUCCCAGCUGUAUGACAGCGUGGACCACGCUCUGCAUCAGCUGGUUCAGGUGUCCAACCAGAGAGGCCGCAAUCUGGAAGCGCUGGGACAACUGGCAGGACUGGUGGACAAACUGGAAAAGUGUGAUAAGGAGAUUGAGGAAGUGCAGCUGCAGCUGGAGGACUACAGAGAUCCCCCCCUGUCCCUCAGCAGGCUGUCGCUCAAACAGCAGAAGUUCAGGACCUUCAGAGAAACGGUCAAUGAGCUGCACAGUGAGACUCUGGCUGUUCUCAGUGACUUGGAGGGCUGGAACCAGCUGAACUGGGCCGGGCUCAGCCAGGUGCAGAUCCGACUUCCUCCGGUCAGGGAGAAGCUGAGAGACAUGUCGCACUGUUUGUCAGACUGCUGGACCACUCUGGACCACACGCAGAGGCUGCUGUCCACCCUGACCGAGGCUACCCAGUGGUGUGAUGCAGUCUGCUCCGCCUCCUCCACUUGCCCUCUCUCUUCCCUCCCUCCGAUCCCCCCCUCACGCUUUCAGGAUGCUCGGUCUUUGGCUAUGGAGCUGGGGGGCGGACCCCUCAUGGACCUCUGGACUCAGACGGUGGAACGUUACCAGCGGACUGUUGCUCAGGUCAAACCCAGGUUUCUUCAGUCUGAGAGGACGCAGGGCCAGGGGAAGCCCAAAACCCCCUCCCUCCCCAGCCAGUGGGACCUGUUGGGCCCUGACUCAGAGAAUGAGUGGGGGCUGGGGGCUGGAGGAGGUGAAGGGGGCCUGCAGUCAUGGGGUUCCCUGGCUUCCCUGUUCAGACCGCAGACCUGCUCCACUCUGAAGAUAGGAGACGAGAAAGGGAGUAAGAAAGACACCACAGGAGGAGGAAACGGAGGAGGGGCCGGGGGCGGGAAGUUCCUACAGAACCUUCUCAAUCCUGCAAAGAAGAGUCCUCCAGAGGCCCCCCUCCCUCCAAAGCCACCCAGAAAGCGCCACCCGAGUUUUGACCUCCAGGCUCUCCUGGCUCCCCGUAAAGGCGCAGCCACUCCCAAAUCUGUGGAGUCUCCAGCAUUUGGAGCGUCUCGUAGCUCCCCCAUGUCCUGGCUGGGGAGACGAGCCCUGGCCGACCCAGUCAUCACCACCAGCAUGGCAGCAGCUGUCCCUGAUUGGGCCAGUGGGAGAGGGGGAGGGGUUCUCAUCCGAGGGGUGGAGGUCAGUAGCAAGGAGGUGGUGGACCACACAGGGUCACCCAGGCAGCAUGUCCUGCUGGGGAGGGCAGACAGAGACGCAGGCGCAGAUAAAGGGAGUUCUGCUCAGAGUAAGCCAUACCUGCUGUGGUGCCGGAUGCUGAGCUCGGAGAGGCAGUAUGUGGCCAUCCUGAAGGGGGUGGAGGAGACUUACCUGCCGCUGCUGGAGCUCUCGGAUAGCCCCGCCUCUCUGAGGGGGAAAGGGGAGUUGCUGUUCUCCAACUGGAGCAGCCUCAGUACCUUUCACUCCCAGAGUCUGCUCCCUGCCAUGGAGGGCGCUCUAGUGCAGAGUCUCCUGCAGCAGGACUGCUUCAGCAAAUAUCGAGACCACUUUCUCCAGUAUUCCCACUACAUCAGGUCCAAACCAGAGCUGGACUCCCCUCUGGUCAUGCAGGCUGCUGACUUUUUCAAGUCCAAACUCCCCCAGGCCUCCCCCCUCCCUCCCCUCUCCUUCCCUCAAUGCCUGCAGGCCCCCAUCCAGAGGCUUGAGCAGUACUGUGAGGCGCUGAUUGAACUGGGGGGCCUUAACCCCGCUUCAGACUCCGCCCUCUCUGUCCUCAGACACGCCCAGCGGCAUGGCGAGGACCUCAGGGCCAGUGACCUCAUCAUUGGGUGUCCGAUCCCAGUGGCGGAACGGGGCGAACUGGUCCGGCAGGGCGAGCUCACAGCCUGUGGGGGGGUCCGGAGGAAGCGUGCAGGUGUCAGGAACGUUUUCCUGUACCAGAACAUUCUGAUCUUCACCAAACAGAAGAGUCCAACUGCAGGGCACUCCACCUAUAGCUACAAGCACAGCAUCAAGACGGGUGAGAUGGGUCUGACUCAGAGCGUUGGGGACGAUGGGCUGAAGUUUGAAGUUUGGGUCCGACAGGCGCCGCGAUCCAAAGCCAGUAUCAUUCUGCAGGCGCGGGACAGGGAGGACAGGGCGGGCUGGGCUCAUGACAUCGCUCACCUGCUGUGGACGCACGCCAUCAACAACACUGAGCUGUGUCUGAAGGAGUCUCUCUGCAUGGGAAUUUCCAGCAAACUUCUGCUGGACGCGACAGGAGGUGCAGCGUCAGAGCUAGACUCUGCCUGCAGCCUCAGCGACAGAGUUCACAGUAGCUGCUCCGACUCGUCCUCCGUUGGCAGUCAGAAGGAGGGGGGAUCCCCGGCGUCUGGGAGGGACCCCCAGACAUGCUCCGGAUCUACAAGCCACUCACAGAACCUGUGUCCCUCCACAGCUGUGUGAUCAUCACCCCCCCCAACACACUCUGGGCUUUUUGAAGAUAUAAACAUCUCGUGGUGUCGGUGGACAGAACUGGACUUCAAGAAGCAGGAAGACAAAGGAGAGAGCCUCUGGCCCCAUUCUGCCCCCACAUGCCUACGCUGCUGCCCCUUCUCCCCUCCGGUCUUUCACUCUCUAACAUGUAAAUAAAAUGCCAUCAGAUUAGACAGAGCCCCCCCCCCCCCCUUUUUUUUAAACCUCCGUUACCCCCUCCAUUAAAGAAAAGGGAUAAGAAUCCCCCUGCUUAGAGCAUGACAGUCACCAGCAGGACUCUGCACUGCGCCAUUUUGGAUCUGCCAGUCUCAGUUGCUGGCAGUCAUCGACACCAACAGACACUUCAGCCACACAGAGCGGCCAUUGUGUGCGCCGUAGCCCCCCCACCAGGCCAAGCGACUUGGUCUGAACCACUGCCGGGCUGACUGUACACAUCACACGCCCCAGAACCCCAGAAAAACAGGAAGUGUUGUGCAGAUUCUGAAUCUCAUCUCUCAUCCUGACACUUUUUUUUUCUUCUUCUUUGCCAAAUGUAAGGUGUGAGUGCAUGUAUGCAGAUGAGGUGGCAGGGGUGCAUGCACACACACAUGCAUUCAGAGUUUUUGUCGGAAGACAGUGCAGCUCUGUUCACAUGCCUGAACGCUCACUGCCUGGCACGGCGGCGGUCAAACACCGCUGCAGCCUCAUGGUUGGACAGGAGGCUGUGAUGAUGAGCAGCAGCAUCACAUCUCAAUGCUUAAGUGCUUUGGAUUUUAGGAAGACUGUCAUCCUGUUUCCAAACGUAACUUGUAACAUCCAUGUGUUGUAGAAAUAUUUAGAUAAGUGCUGAGUCUCAAUUUGACAAUAUUCCACUGAGUAUUAACUGCAACAAUCGUGAUGCCAAUGGUAUACAAAGGGCGUCAGUGCAAUGCUCAUCUGUGCACAAACAGAUUUUUGGAGUGUUCCCUCCAUAAAAUGGAGAAGGUGCUUCUUAAACAAGUUUUCUUUUUUUUUGUAAACAUUUUCAGGAAAAGACUUUCAGCUUUAAAAAAAUCCUCUGAGUGAUGAAGAUGAAGUAAAGAAGGACAGGAAGCAGAUGAAGGCCUCCUCUGUUCAUGAAACAAUAAAUGAUUUGAAAAAUGAUCCACUUUCCCUG